AUGGAAUUCGUACAAGACUACCUAACCCUCCUCCCACGCCUCCUGCCCCCGUCCCUCGCGAACCCACUCCUCACCCUCGUCACCACCCUCCUCGGCAUCUUCAAAAUGCUGCAAUCGCACCUCUCGCCGCUGCUCACGCGCCUCGUCACGCAGCCCGACGUCGCCUCCAUCCUCGCGCUGCUCGCCAUCCUCUUCAUCUCGCUCAAGAUCCUCGACAUGGCGUACCGCGCGGUGCUGUUCUGGGUGAAGCUGGUCGUGCGGCUGGUGGUGUGGGCGACGGUGCUAGGGCUAGGGCUGUGGCUGUGGAAUAGAGGCGUGGACGGGUUUGUCGCGGAUGUGGGGGAGUUGGCGGAGUAUUGGGGGAAGGAGUAUAGCAAGUAUGCUGGGGAGGUUAAGGGGUGGAGCGAAUAUGAGAAGGCGCAGAUUCGGUUGCAGGCGUAUCAGCAGGGGGGACGAGGGGCGAGGGGGUGGUGGUAG